CCUGGUCGUAGGAUGUUUAUUUUUUACGGCUGCGUUAUUACAUUAAAUGUGAGAUUUCUAUGAGACAUACGCAUUAAAUAAACACAGCACAGUAAGAAACCUGCAGAUACAACCCUGAGGGUAAAAAGAAACAAAAAAUGUUUCCAUGUGACUUUGCGUGGGGAGCGGGAACUGCUGCGUAUCAAAUAGAAGGUGGCUGGCAAGCAGACGGCAAGGGACCGAGUAUCUGGGACACAUUUUGUCACGAAAAAGGCAGAGUGUUUGGGGAUCAGAAUGGAGAUGUGGGCUGUAACAGCUACGAGCUGUGGGAGAAGGACCUGGAGUGUAUCCAGCAGCUUGGACUGACGCACUAUCGCCUGUCUCUCUCCUGGGCCCGCCUCUUGCCUGAUGGGACCAUACGACAUGUCAAUCAGAAAGGUGUGCAGUACUACAACAAAGUGAUUGAUGAUUUGCUGGCCUGUGAUGUUUCACCAAUGGUCACACUUUACCACUUUGACCUGCCUCAAGCCCUGCAAGAUCAGGGUGGCUGGAAAUCACCGGGUAUAGCGACCCUGUUUGACAACUAUGCCAAGUUUUGCUUCCAGACAUUUGGUGACCGUGUCAAACUUUGGCUCACGAUCAACGAGCCAUAUGUGUGUGCCAAACUGGGCCAUGAAGAUGGCAUCCAUGCCCCGGGGUUUAAAGAACCAGGGAUUGCUGCCUACCUGGCAGGACACAACAUGCUGCGCGCUCACGCCAUGGCAUGGCACAGCUACAACUCCACCUACAGGACGACACAAAAGGGUGCAGUGUCUCUGGCCAUCAACAGCGACUGGUUUGAGCCAUUGCGAGCAGGUUGCGCAGAAGAUAUCGCUGCCACUGAACGCUGUUUUGCGUUCACACUAGGGUGGUUUGCCUGGCCUGUGUUUGUAACUGGAGAUUAUCCAGAAAUAAUGAGGUCUGCCAUUGACGCUCAAAGUAAGAAGCUGGGAUACAAUGGCAGCUCAAGACUGCCGAGUUUCUCAAAGGAAGAGCCUGCCAUUUUGGGCACUGCUGACUUCUUUGCGUUGAACUACUAUACGUCUCGUAAAGUGGAGCCAGGAGGAGGUUGUGGAAAGGUGUUGAGUAUAAAGACCGAUCGAGAUGCAGGACAAGUUCUGGAUCCAUCCUGGCCUAUUUGUGGUGUGUCCUGGCUCGCUGUAGUGCCCUACGGCUUGAGGAAACUUCUCAAGCACAUCAAGUACACUUUCAACAACCCGGCAGUAUACAUUACAGAGAAUGGCUUCUCUCAGGUGGGACCACUGCAAAUUGAGGACAUCCAGCGCUCAGAGUUUUACAAGGACACCAUCUUGGAAGUGGCUAAAGCUAUCCAAGAAGAUGGGGUCAAUGUCCGUGGAUAUUUUGCAUGGUCGCUGCUGGACAACUUUGAAUGGGCUGAUGGAUUCAGUGUUCGUUUUGGAUUGUUCCACGUGGACUUUGUGGACGCUAAUCGAAGACAAAGGAUGUACCAUUCUGGACGGGAGUAUGCAAAGAUGAUCUCAGAAUACAAACGACAGAAAGUGUUAAGUUGAUUCAGUGGAGUGUAAAUUAUUAAUCUGUCCUACUCAGUUACCAAUCAACCUGUACAAGAAGUGAUUAAUAGAAACAUUAACGGUGGAAUCAUCUUGACUGCAUUGUUGUAUGCCUGCGUACAUGUACAUGCACUUAUCUACCUGUGAGAGUCAGGUGAGUGUGUCUUUGAUAUGCCAGCUACCCAGAUGAACCUGAAAAUACAGUGUAACACUUGACAUUGUGCUCUGCAAGUUUCAAGUUAAAGAUCCCCCUGAAAUACAAGGCAAAUAAAUCACACAUUUUACAAUCCAUUGGGGUCAUGAUUAAUUUAUUUGACACAAAACACAUUGGAAAGAACCACCAACUAUCACAUUGGGGUGCAAAAAUAGUCAACAGAGUUAUUCUAAUGCUGUGAGGCUGCAUAAAGCACACUUCAGUAGACUCAGACGGGAUGCCAGCUGAAAGCAACAGAUGUCCUGCCACAGGAAGAGAGUGUAAUGCCAUUUGUGUCCCAUGGACAGCUGUGCAAACUCUCUACUUAAAGAAAGAAAAGGGGGGGAACAAGGCGAAAAGCCUUCUGUUGAGUCUUUGUGCAUGCUGUGGUUAAGGUAGGAUUAUUUAUAUGGAGUGCUGAACAAUGCACAGUAGAUCAACAGAGCUGAGAGAGCCGUACUGCAUAAUAGACUUUGACAUGUGAGUGUGUACAGGUGUGUCCAAAGGAAUGUGGGAUGUUGUGGGUUCAAGUUUAAGGAAAUGCCACUUAAAAUGAACUUGGCCCUUUGCGCUUAUCAGUAAUCAGAGAACCGAAAGGCUUGGAUGAGCAAUUUGGUGACACCUGUUUGUAGGCCUGCAGUGCCACCUUGUGGUAUUAAAGGGAACUACAGUUUUGAAUUUCAACAUCUCAGUGUGUGCAGCACAUGAUGGUGUCACAUGAUGUACUGCUUUGAUUAAUAAAAUCCAUCCGGUUGGUUUAACAAUAAACAACUAAAGCAGCUCCCUAACCACAAUACAUCAUAGAUUUAACACAAUUAAUAUUUAUGCUCUGAUGUUAAGGAAAGUGUCAUUUAUAUUCUGUGUUGGGUGACUUUGUUUGCAUUAAUAAGGAUGGUGUAUCGUGACAUCCAGUUGGCUGUGCAUACUGUUUUCAGCAGAUGUGAGUAAUACCCUCGUGGCCCUCCUCCAUCUAUGUCAAGCCGAGUGAGAUUCUCCUUUGUCUUAUGAUGAAUAACAAGCUAUUGUGGAAACAUGAAUAAUCCCACUGCCUCUCGCAUUAGAACUUCUUUGCAGGCUGCUUUGUACACACAAGUUGAGCCACAUCUCGCACUUUUUCAACGCUGAUGAAGUUCGUCUAAUAUCUGCGGCUCUGUCAGGAACCGCUAGUGAUCUUUAAA